GGGAGGCAGGACACACACACACACACACACACACACACACACACACACAGGAUCCUCAGAGGUCCGGUUUCUGAGAUGGAAGCAGAGUUAAAGUGACCAGACUAACAGAGAAAAGAAGUCACCCAAAUAGUCUGCAGAACCAACAGUGAGUAUUUCAGGAGAGGUUGGGGAACCAGGCAUCUGAAAGGAAAAUGACUUUCUUGAUGUUCAUCUUCUUGCUCUCCUUCCUCCAAGCUCAGUCUGCAAGAAUUUUAAAUUCAAGCCCCAUCUUCGGACCGAGGCAGGUGACUGGUUUGCAGGGAGGAUCAGUUACUGUGAAAUGCUUCUACCCUCACACCAGUGUGAACCGCCACGACAGAAAAUACUGGUGCAAGGAAUCAACAAGGCAAUGUGUGACCGUCAUUUCUUCCAGUGGCUACACUGCUCAAGACUUCACGGGCAGAGCGACAAUCACAGACUUCCCAGAGCAAGGCAUCUUCACCAUUGAGAUCUCAAAGCUAGUGGAAAAGGACAUCAGCUUUUAUAAAUGUGGCAUUGGUCUCAAUGAUAAAGGACUUUCCUUCAGAGUCAAGCUGGAUGUUUCCAAGGAUCCAAAAGUGCCUGAAGAAGCCGAACUCUAUUACGUUGAGCUGGGAGGUUCUGUGACCAUCAACUGCGUGUUUGGCCCGGAAUAUGGCAGUGAGAGGAAGUACAUGUGCAGAAUGGGGAAAACCGGCUGCUCUACUGUCAUCGACACCUACGGGAACGUUAACGAAAACUACAAAGGGAGAGUUUUGCUGAGCCCUCAGGAGCCUGCUGGGUCAUUCAGCCUCUAUAUGACCCAGCUGAGGAAGGAAGAUUCGGGUGUAUAUUUGUGUGGGGCUGGGACUUACGGAGAGAAAGGAGAAUCCAAGGAACUGGAUGUGCAUGUCUACCAAGAGACAUCUGUCCCCCAGGGACGACAUGUAAUAAAUGGAGUCAUAGGCGGUUCAGUAUCUGUCGAAUGCCGCUAUGAUCCACGUGGGAAUUACACACUCAAAUACUGGUGCAAAUGGAGGAAGAAUGGGUGCAGUCAGUUAAUAAACAACCUUGCAAGUAUGAUAGAUUCAUAUGAAGGAAGGAUAGUCCUGCAUGAUAACCCGGAAAAUGGAACAUUCACGGUAAUAAUGAACCGGCUGACAGCAGCGGAUGCAGGAUAUUACUGGUGUAUGGCGGAUGGAGAUAUGGAAAGGAAAUCUACAAAGGAGCUGAAGAUUAUAGAAGGGCAACCUGGUUUAACAGGACCAAAAGAGAUUGAUGCAGUCAUUGGUACACAGGUCACUAUACCAUGCUCUUAUCCAUGCAAAUAUUAUUCUCACCAGAAAUACUGGUGCAAGUGGCGUAAUACUGGCUGCCAAACUCUCAUCUCCUCUGAGCAAAACCAAACCGGCCUGGUUGUGAAUUGUGACAAGGAGAAGAGGACACUCUACCUAACUUUUGACCAAGUAAUACAGACAGACCAAGGGUGGUAUUGGUGUGGAGUGAGCAAUUCUGGUCGCUAUGGGGAAACCAUGGCAGUGUACCUGACAGUAAACGGAGCUGAAAUUGCAGUCUCUUCCAAUGCUGUUUCCGACACAGGCUCUGAAGUUAGUAUUAAUUCCCGAAACAGAGCCGGGGUCCUAGAUGACAACUCUUCACCCAGCUCUCAGGAACAUGACAGCUCUAAGGUGAUUCUCUCAGUCCUGCUCCCCAUUGCUGCUGUGUGUCUGCUCCUUGCUACAGCCUUUGUGGUUGUUAAAUUUAGGCUCCUGAAGCGCACAGAUUUGGUUUCGGUUGGAAGCUACCGAACAAAUAUUAGCAUGUCAGAAUUUGAGAAUGCCGCAGAUUAUGGAGCGAAGGACAAUGUGGGCAUAAAUGAUGCUCAGGAGACCCAGAUAGGAGGAGUGGAUGAAUUUAUAACUACCCCUGGCAAUGCUGAAGGUGCAGAAGAACCACCGAAGGUGAAAAGGGGUUCCAAGGAGGAGGCUGAUCUUGCUUACACCACAUUCCUGCUUCAAGCGAACAAAGUAGCCCAAGGACAGGCUUAACAAGUUCCUCGACUGUCCCAGUACAAUUGCUCCUGAAGAUGGUACAAGCAAAAAGCAAUAAUGAUUGAAAAGGAUCCUGUGUUCUGAAUCAGUGAACAACAGAUCUGCAAGUUGCACUAUUUCUUACUGUCAAACAUUUUGCUACAUCUAGAUCUUUCAGUUCCUCAAAGAUUUGUAAUGAGGUUGUGAGCGGUGAUAUAAUAAGAAUCUUCUGGUCAAAAAUAAGUUGCCUUGGGGAAGCUGAACCCUCAGAAGUUUGAUUCCCCCCCUUUUUUUUUAGGGCAAAGGAUCUCAUUUCAAGCAGAUUUGAGGUGAAAUAGCAAUAAAGGUCUAAUGCCUUUGCUCUCCUGCAGGCUGGGCUCACACCUUUUGGAGUUCACCAAGCCCCAAGGAUGGCAGUGACCUAAGGAUACAUUUAAGAUUCACAUCUCAUUUGAUUUUAAAGCACCAGGAAAUAUUUUAGAACAAUGUGAGUCUCUCUUUUGAUUCCUGUGAGCGUUUUAAUCGAUAAGGCAGUACCUGUAGGCCGGACAAGUAGCCUGGAAUUGUUUUUUCUUCACAACCAAUAAAGAAUAUGAUUGUA